CUUUACAGCCGACCACUCCGUGUGUGAGCACUCGACCCACGCUGCGUGGAGCCGCUCGGAAAAAAAAGAUGGAGAAAAAGAGCGAGAUCAACGGGCACGCCAUGCCCAGCUCCGCGUCCACCGCCCGGAUGCUGGAGAACAGCGAGGAGCCCGUUGAGGAGGAGCAGCAGCAGCAGGAGGAGGAGAAGAAGAAGCAGGGCUGCAAGGACAGGCUGACCCGGUUCCUGAGCAGGAACCUGCUGGUGAUCCUCACCGUGUCCGGCGUCCUGGUGGGCGUCGGGCUCGGCAUGCUGGUCCGCGGCAUGAACCUGAGCAAAGCGCAGAUGAGCCACUUCGCCUUCCCGGGAGAGAUGCUGCUGCGGAUGCUGAAGAUGAUCAUCCUGCCGCUGGUGGUCUGCAGCCUGGUGUCCGGCGCCGCCAGCCUGGACACCCGCUCCCUGGGCAAGCUGGGCGGCAUCGCGGUCGCCUACUUCCUGGUGACCACGCUGAUCGCCUCCGGGAUCGGGGUGGCGCUGGCCUUCAUCAUCAAGCCGGGGGUGGGCGCCGGAGCCCUGAACACCAACAGCCUGGGUCUGGAGAGCGUGAGCAGCAACAAGGAGACCACCGACUCCUUCCUGGAUUUGGCCAGGAAUUUGUUUCCAUCAAACCUGGUGGCGGCUGCUUUCCGUUCUUAUGCCACAGACUACAAAAUGGUCGCUGUGGGGAACGACACCAAUGGAACAACCUUGUAUCAAAAGGUGCCGAUUGGAACCGAAGCCGAUGGUAUGAACAUCCUUGGUCUGGUGCUGUUUGCUAUGAUGUUUGGCGUUGCCCUUCGGAUUCUUGGAGAGGAAGGAGAGGAACUCAUUCGCUUCUUCAACGCCUUCAAUGAAGCCACCAUGGUGCUGGUGUCCUGGAUCAUGUGGUAUAUUCCCUUUGGCAUCAUGUUUCUUGUGGGGAGUAAGAUAGUAGAAAUGGAAGAUGUGGUUCUUCUGGUCACAAGCUUGGGGAAAUACAUUUUCGCUUCAAUCCUGGGUCACAUCAUCCAUGGAGGCAUCGUUCUUCCCCUCAUCUACUUUGCCUUCACUCGAAAGAACCCCUUCAGCUUCCUUUCGGGGCUUAUCACACCCUUCACCACCGCCUUCGCCACCUGCUCCAGUUCAGCAACUCUUCCCUCAAUGAUAAAAUGUGUGGAAGAAAACAACGGUGUGGACAAGCGGAUUAGCCGCUUCAUCCUGCCCAUUGGAGCGACAGUGAACAUGGAUGGAGCGGCCAUUUUCCAGUGCAUUGCUGCCGUCUUCAUCGCACAGCUCAACAAUACUGAACUGAACGCUGGACAGAUCUUCACCAUCUUGGUAACGGCCACAGCCUCCAGCGUUGGCGCCGCAGGCAUCCCGGCUGGUGGCAUCAUCACCAUCGCCAUCAUCCUGGAGGCCAUCGGCCUGCCGACCAACGAUCUGUCCCUCAUGCUGGCCGUCGACUGGAUUGUGGAUCGUACCACCACCGUGGUGAAUGUGGAGGGUGACGCUCUGGGUGCAGGAAUCCUCCACCACAUCAACCAGCAGGAAAUGAAAAAGCACCAACAGGAAGUAGCGAAGGAGCUGGAGGAAGUCAAGGUUGUAUCUGUGGCAAACGUUCAGGCGGAGGAGGAGACGUCGCCGCUCGUCAUGCACCAAACUAAAAUCCUGGAGGGAAUGCCCGAAGCCAUCGAGUCUGUCCUGUGAACCCAGACAGCCUUCUCUCCGACCGUCUGACCUGGGAUGUGUGAUUUGCUGCUGAUAGGGCAUUAGUGCGACCCGAUGUCCUUUAAAAAACAAACAAAAAAACAAAACAACAAAAAAAACAAGAAGGAAAGUUUGCAACUUUGAAGGUAAAACAAAAAAGUCAUCAAAAGUCUGUCUGCAGACAGACUCUUGAUGACAUAAUGCAAUCCAGAAAUAUUUUUCUAAUUAAAUACUUAGUGGUUUCAUUUUUGUUUUAAUUUUUUGCUCGUAUUAACUCUAAAAUAGGCCAGAAACAUUCCGACAAAUGUUCAAGAUUUCUUUGCUUCACUUAGAGUAGCUCUCAAAAGUCCACAAAACCGUAUUAAAAUGCUUAGUUUGUUCAUUUUAAACUCCUUCAUAUAUCAUUUAAAAGCUAUUUCCACAUGAAGUGCAAAAUAUCCUGUUUAAUUUAUAUAGAAACCAAAAUAUUAUGUGAGGAAAUUAUACAAAAAACAACAACAACAAAAAAAACCUGCAGCAAUCUGGUUGCAUAAAUGUGCACACUCUGGAACUUUUGAAUAAGUUAUUUAUAGUGAAACUAAAAUAAAGUCCUCCUAGUUUUUAUGACAUUAGCAUAUUUUCAUCCUGUAGCUAAAGCCACAGUUUGCAAGAGGUUACAAAGCAUCAAAACGAUUUUAUUGCACAAAGGUGCCAGUCAGGAGAAGAGUAUUAAAAAAAAUCCACAGUGUUAAAUAUUUGAACACCAUGUCUGUAACUGGCAGAAGAUGUUUUGGUUUGAUGAAACAACCAGGAACAUUUGGAAAGCAGGUAUACAAUAUAUGGUCGUCACAAAAAAAUUGAUUGUCAUUAUCGACAUUGUUUUGAGUAAAUGAUACAUUCCCUUGCUUGAUCAUGUGUGAUGGAAACGGUGAUAACAGAUUUUUUGUUUGUUUUGUAAUUACAUGGAGUUGAAUUUGCAACUGAAUUUGGCUCCAAAUUAUGAAAAGUCAAAUUUUUCCCCCCACAAUGUUAUAUUUGGGUUUGUGUUGGCAAACUAUCUCUGGAAAUGUGAAAUAUUGGGCAUAUAUUUUGGUUAUGCUUCAUACUACAGUAUGAGUCAAACAUUGACUAAAUAUGGUAGAACAUUAAAGUCCUCAUGUGGGAAAGAUCACUUAAAUCCCCGUGAAUGCUCAAUGUUUACCAAAUAGAAGAUUGGAUUGUUAAAAAAUCCUUGGUUUUAUUACAGAAGCUUUAACUGCCAGAGGUAGAUAAUAAAUUCAAGAGCAGUCUGGUUAACCAUUCACCUAACAAGUUUUAAUUACAUAAAAAUGUUUUUUUUUUUUUUUUGACAAAUUACGACUUGCUAAAAGGGCAAAAAGAGGCUCCAACACUAACUGGUUCUAAAAGAAAUGCAUAAACAUUUUGUUUAAAUAGGAAAGUUUCUCAUUUUAGAGUUUUUUUUUUCUUGUUACAAGAGUUUUUUGACUUGGCAAGAUACUGCACCUGAAUUUAUUUCCUGGCUUUGGCAGUGAAGGUCUUCCAUAUUUUCCAGAUAUCUGAAACCAUGGAAAAAAAGUGAUCUGAUGCUUGCUCCCUAUUUUCAAGCUGAUUUCCCAAUUAUGUAGUAGGUUUAAAAACGCCGACACCUCAACUACGUAAAAGCUCAGCUAGCUAACCAAGCUAGCCAGCUCAGCUAGCCUGGUACCGCAGCAAGCUAAUGUUAGCUGCUUUUUAAUAAGUUAUCAGCUUAAUUUUCUUUUCAGACUUGAUCUUUAAAUUUAUUUGUUAUAACGUAUUUUAUCUGCAUUGCUAAAAGCUUUUGGAAAGUAUGUUUGCGACAAAUUUGUAAAGUUUGUCAGCUAACUAACUUGCUAAAAGAGUGCUAACAUUCAGUUAACGAUUAGUAUAGGAUAGCAUUCAUCUUUUAGCUAAAUUUGCCUUAGUUAGCAGACUUUAAGUUAAAAUAAGUUGUAAGCGUAACUAAAAAUGUGAUUUUUAUAUAUUCAGACAUUAACUGACAUCUAAGGGUCAUACUGUAGCAGCUAAAUCAAAUGGGUUUUACUGUAAUUGUUCACUUUCUGGUAAAAACCUGACACUUUUGAAGACACUAAAACUACCAAAAUGGCCCCUGUUAUGACCACCAUGUUGUAUUUAAAUCUGGGUGCCAUUUGUUAUGUAAUUCUACUUUCUGGUUACACAGAAAACUAGCCAGAGCACUGUAAAAAUUAAAACAUUAAAAAUACAGAAUGGAAAGGAUUAGAUGUAAAUUUUGACAAUAAUAACAUGUUUGCUGACUGUGUGGAAACACUAAUGUACACUACAUAAUUAUUCAAAAGCUGUUAUAAGUAAAAACUAACCAAACUAACCAAGCUUAUUUAGUUUGGUUAGUUUUGGCAGCCAUUAUUAAAUUCAAUAUGGCAGCUAUAAUGGUAUCAAGGGCCAGAAGUGCCAAAACUCUGCACACAACUUAAAUACAAAAUUUCUUCUAAAGAUAUACAUUGAAUGAUCUAAUGAUUUAAAUGUUUCAUUAAAUAAAAACAAUUAAAUGCUGAACAUGUUCCUUAGAUUAAUUUGUCUAAUGAAUCUAUAAAUAUUACAGCAUUUAUACUUUCUUCUAGACAUUUUUAGUAAAAAUUCCACACUGGAGUACACAAAUAAGCUGUGAAAAAUGCUUAUUUAUAUAAUUUAAAUAAGUCUGGAAAUGCAUACAUCAAGAAAUAAAUGUUAAUUUCAAAUGUUUCAAUCAUGUACUUCAAAAAAUACUGAAAUAAUAGUUUUUACAGUAUAAUUUAAUAUUUUAAUUUUCUACAUUUAUUUGUUCUAAUAAAUUGAAACAUUGAAGUAAUUAUAUAUUUCUUAUUUAAUAUAUUAUAGUUUAAUUUAAGUUCUCAUAAGUGUAAAAGUUAUUUGGUGAAUUUGUGGCACUUUUGGUAAAAAACGAGAAAAUUAUGGGGAUCAAAAUAAAUGUGAAAUUCAGAUUCUUGCUUAAAGUGAGCAAUGUUGAUCUUCAUAACUCUCGACUACAUAAUUAAGUAAAAAUAAAAAUGCAGAAUUUCUACUAAUCAUCAAAAACCUCUGUGAAAUUUUUAGCGCUGUUUAUGCUUUUCAACAAAUACUGACUGGAUCUCAUGUCAAGCAAAUUAUCGGUGCACUUUGUUUUGUUUGGCGACACGAAAGCACUCCAGUCUGAAAAUCAAACAUUUCGCCCAGAUAAAAAAAUAAAUGAUGGCUGGUUUGAAAAUAUGUUACACUAAAAUAAAAGGUUCUCCCACUGUUUACACUCUAACACUGGACCAAAACGCAUGACGAAUACACUUUAAUUUACAUAAUUAUUGUUAUUUUUUUGUCUAUUAUUUUAUCUUUUUGUGCUGGACGUUAUAGGAUGCUAUAGAUAAUAUUUGUCUGGUUUUAAACCAGACAUGGUGGCAAAAAUAUGGCUUGGUGUGUUUGUGUUACAUAAUCCUAUAAUGUCACGUUUAUCAGCUUUAGUUAAUAUUGGUUGUACGACGGAGUAUAAGGGGCACGCUAAGAAAAGUAAAGUUAUUAGAGUAGUCAUAAUAUUAGAAGAAUAAAGUCGAAAUACUAUGAGAAUAAUUAUAUUACAACUUUAUUUGCGCAUUAUUGUAACUUUAUUAGAGUACGACUUUAUUCUCACAAUAAAGUGCUGUACUUUAUUCUCGUAAUAUGUCUAUACACAUAAUAUUAUAACUUUUCUCUCAUAUUAUUGCAACUUUAGUCUCAAAUUAAUUCUAGUUUCUCGUAAAACUAAACUUUCUUGUAUUAUUUUGACUUUAUUCUUGUACAACUUAAUAACUAUUUUUCAUAAAAUGACUACUUGUAUUAUUUAGAGUUUAAUCUUGUAUUUUAUUCUUAAAAUUAAAACUUUAUUCUCAUAUAAUUGGUGUCUAUUCUUGUACUACUAUGGCUUUAUUCUCAUAAUGCAACUUUAUUGUAUUAUUUUACUUAAUUCUCCAGCGAUUUUAUUCUCGUAAUUUUAUAAGUUUGUUCUCAUAACUUUAUUUUUCUUAUCCUCGCCCUGAUUCUGUCGAAUGGUUGAAAAGUUAGCUUGUCUGUUUCUUCCAUAUUUUUCUUUCUCUACCUGGUUGAUCCUUCCUUAAAUGAAAAUCAGUCCCUGUUGUUGACAUUGCUGCGCCUUUUUUAAAAGCUUAGCUGUUUGUGAGACCCACGUUUCUGCAUGAUGUGCUCUUUUCAUUUUUGGAUUAUUUUGGAGGGAAUAAUCUGGUGCUGUUUUCUUUGUGCCAAAUCUACAAUCUCUCUUUGAAAGCUGCAACUUGACCAAUAAGCCCCUGCCUCCCUCUAGUGGCUGUAAUGUGAAAAUGCUAUAAAAAUACUGUGGUGCAAAGCAACAUUUCCUAUUUAUUCAUGUUAUUUAACAUUAAGAGGCAUAAAGCAGAAGGUGAUUCAGAUCCAGUGAUUGCUCAUAUGAUAUUAUGUAUUCUGUGAAAACCACUGCAGUGUGAGGGCUUAUUUUAUUUUAUUUUUUUUAAUUUCCACGGUCUUAGGAAUGUGGAAAUUGAGUAAAGAUGUCAGAAAUGUCUGCUUUAAUUUAAAAAAUGAGUAAAAAUAUUUCAAUCAUUAUACAUAUCAGAUUACUUAACCUCACACUGAGUUGUACGACAACGUGAUACCUGGAAUUUAUAUCUCUCUAUAUAUAUUUGAUAAUUUAUUGUGAUUUGUUCAACUUUUUUGAAUCAUUUUUGGGUUUUUUUUUGACACUAUACACUGUACCCCUCAGUUUUCAAUGUUUCUACCGCAAGAACACACUUUAUAGCCUCAAUCCUGGAGAGAAAUUUCCUCUCAAACAGAAUGUAAGUAAUUUUUGCUCCUAUUUUUAGUGCUUAAAAUGACUGUUACCUGUGACAUGUCUGUGUCUAACAUUGCUUGUCUUCAUUAAAGAUGUUUUCUUUUUUGUUUUUGA